AUGUGGCGACAAAUUCAAAAUGUUGGUCAAGUCGAAAAUUAUAUUAAUAAUGCUAACUUUGCUCUUCAUAUUCGUAUGUUAGCUGUUUUGGCCCAUGUUCCACCAGAUAACGUUAUUAAUGCAUACGAAGAAAUUUUAGAAACACAAUUUUAUGUUGAAAAUGAAGACCUGUUAAUGCCAUUCUUGGAUUAUUUCGAGGAUACCUGGGUAGGAAAAAUAACAGGAAGACGAAAAACUCGACGACAACCAAGACAUCCUAUUGAUAUUUGGAAUUGUCAUUAUUCAGCCAAAAAUGGUCUUCCAACAACAAACAACGCUGUUGAAGGGUGGCACAGAGGAUUUACAUCUGUUAUUGGUUCAUAUUAUUUUAUUAAUAAUUAAUAUCUUUAGUAAUAGAAUACAUAUUCUUUAAGAGCAAGCCACCCUAAUAUAUGGAAAUUCAUUGAUGGAAUUAAGAAAGUUCAAAAUAUAGAAGAAUUGAAACGAGAGCAGUAUAUUGCUGAAGAACAACCACAGAAAAAAAAAAGUACAAGGACUGUAAUAAAAGAAUUCAUGCAUUAG